AUGGCUGCCGAAGGGAGCAGAGGCGCAUUGCAGGCUCCAGUGCUCCAGGAUUCAGAGGCCAGCCGGACUGUGGCUGCAGCUGACCCCCAGCCACCCAAUGCCAGAGAUGGAGGAGAGAUCCCAGAAUCCCUGAGACUCCCAGCUGCGGAAGAACGGGUGGGAAGCAGCCUAGGUGUACGAAGCAUUGAUCCAGCUGAGAGCCUGAGCCAGGUCUUGGAGGUCUCUGGUGAAUAUAAGAUCCCUCUACCUCAAGGGAAGUUUCAAGCCAUCUGCAGUGCUCUGCACAACCAGAUCUGUUCUCCAGCUAAGCAGCUCAGCAUAGAAAACCACAAAGAGCUGUUCCAUUGUGUACUUCUGCUAGCCCGUUCUUCUCCUGAUGAUCUGCUAGCAUUUCUACACGAGCAGCUGGAGAUUGAGCAUGAGGCCGUUCGUGUGGCGUCUUUAGAUCUCCUGAGAGCUAUUGUUGGUGCUGACUUGCCUGAGACAAGAGUUAAAAAGCUUCUGAUUGUGAAGGCAGUGAAAUCCAAUCUCAGUGAUCAGAAUGCUACGGUGAGGAAGGCAGCUCUUCAUUUCAUCAGGACGCUGCUCAGUUCAGGAAGUGUGGAGAAUUGUGCAGCAUGGGAUCUGGUAGCAUAUGUUUUCAGCGAGUUCAGUGUGUCCACCAGCAAACUGAGUGUUGAGGAAGAAAGCACGAUCCAAACCCUGUGCAUUGACAUCCUGCAAUGUCUGGACACCUCAGUCAAUGGAAUGACCCAAGUGUUAUGGCCAAGGCUGCUGGAGUAUGUGGUGCCAGCUCAGUACACUGGUACUUUGAAGCCUCUCUGCAGAUGCCUUAGGGAACUGGCUGAGAAAAAGCAGCAGGAAGGAGAAGCAGCUGCUUGCCUCGACUACAGUGGACAAGGUUUAUAACGGAAACUCUUUCAUUUCUUCUCUCCAGACACUAUGAAAUGAACAGGUUCAGUCUGCUCCAGUUCUCUCAUCUGCAAUCAGGAGGCUAAAAUGAAUGAGGGAUGGUCUUGUGAUUACAACACGGCCAUGGGAGGGAGCUAGGAAAUGUGGGUUCUGUUCCCAGCUCGCCACCAAAAUUCUGAUGUGAC